CACGCGUGCAAAAUAAUCGCUGGCAUAAGGCGGUGGUAGUUUUCCAGCAUCGCGGAAAGGUGUUGAUGGCGUUAAUGCGGGUAGCGCAGCCCCCAUCUGAGUUCAUUUUUAUGGUGGGGUCUACUCUCUCUCUCAAUCUGUGCAGAGACAGCUAUUACUGAGCCUGCCAUAAUCCCCACCAACUUUGAAUCCCCUCAUUCAUGGCUUCUCUGUGCUUGCUCUCUUCCUUUUUCCCUCCUUUUCUUUCCUACACCCACUUCUAAAUCAUCUUCAAUGCCAUUUGCAUUUUCACAAGUUUUUGUUUGUUGGGAACCUACUCUUUGAUUUUGCGUUAACUUGCUGAGUGGUUUGGUUUCCCCUUGUGGGUUUUGUCAAGGGGUGGGCAUGAAGGAAAUGGUGUUGCUUAAGCUUAGUUUCAAUCACUUCAUUCUCGUGCAGCUGUUUCUUCUGGCUACCGGUCUUAGGCAAAGCUGUUGCAGUACUGAACAUUUGAACUGACCACUAUCGCAUUACAAGGUGCCCAUGAGCUGCAUGGCAUUAUCUUAGAUCGUAGUGAAGAUCCUAUACAAUUGGAUAGCCAUGUGGGUUCCAUGAUCUCUAAAAUCCCACCUCUUGGUGCUCCGCAGCCUCUUCUUCCUCUCCUUGCUCCUUCACCAUUAGUUCCAUUCACCAAUACCUCCAUCCCAAAAUUAUCAGGGUUUUGCACUUUGAACUUCACUGCUGCUGAAAGUUUGAUGAGUGUGACAGCAAUUGAUUGCUGGGAAAGUUUUGCACCACUUGUAGCUAAUGUAAUAUGUUGUCCCCAGCUGGAAGCCACUCUCACUAUUCUCAUUGGGCAAUCUAGCAAGUAUUCAGACAUGCUUGCCUUAAAUAGGACUCUUGCUAAACAUUGCCUAUCAGAUGUGAAACAGAUUUUGAUUGCCCAAGGUGCCAAUCACAGUUUGACACAGAUGUGUUCAAUUCAUUCUUUAAAUCUCACUGAGGCAUCUUGCCCAGUCAAAGACGUAAAUGAGUUUCAUGACGUAGUGGAUACGUCUAAGCUUCUUGUUGCUUGUGAGAAAAUUGAUCCCAUUAAAGAAUGCUGUGAUCAAAUUUGUCAGAAUGCUAUAUUAGAAGCAGCUACAAAAAUUGCAUCGAAAGGUUCUGAUCUUUUGGGCUUAAAUGGGCCACAUGUCCUACCUGAGCACUCUACUCGGAUCAAUGAUUGUCAAAGUAUUGUGCUGCGGUGGCUUGCUAGUGAGCUUGAUCCUUCUAAUUCUAAGAAGAUUCUGAGAGGACUAUCUAAUUGCAACGUUAACAAAGUUUGCCCACUGGUUUUGCCUGACAUGAGACAUGUCGCUGAGGCUUGUAGAGAUGGGGUAAAAAACAAGACAUCCUGCUGUGAUGCCAUGGAAGUGUAUGUGUCUCACUUGCAAAGGCAGAGUUUCAUCACAAAUUUACAAGCUUUGGAUUGUGCAGAGGCUCUGGCUAUGAAACUACAAAAAUCAAACAUUACCAAAGAUGUUUAUAGUCUCUGUCAUGUAAGUCUCAAGGAUUUCUCGCUUCAAGUCAACCAUGUGGAUGUUUCAGUUAAUACUCAAGAGGCUGGUUGUUUGCUACCUAGCUUGCCUUCAGAUUUAACGUUAGAUACGACUGGGAUUAGCUUCAAUUGUGAUCUAAAUGACAAUAUUCCAGCGCCUUGGCCUUCUGCAUCACAAGUGGCGACUUCAGCAUGUAAUAAAACUGUCAACAUUCCUGCCCUUCCUGCAGCAGCAAAUGGUCAAAGUUGCCUCCAAAGUGAUUAUGUGCUGUGUCCUAUGCUUUUCGCUUUCUCCCUGCUCCUUAUGACACUCGGCUAAUUACAUGGGUUUUCUUCUUAAUGCAGCCUUCUUAGUCGUUCAACUACAGUUAUUUUUGGGUGAGUCUUAAUCCAAAGGUUAAUUGUCAUCCAACUCUGAUAGGUUUUGGUAAUAGAAAAUUAGUCCGCAGGGCAAAGAGGUCUGUUUCCGAUAUCGUUAAUUCAUGAUUCUUGCAUGCUUGUGUAAUAAAAUUGUGUAUAGGAAGCUUAGGAGAUUAUAGGUUAUACAGUAGCUUGUUGAAAUUGAGAUGCAAACCUGUAUUGCAGUGGAAGAAGCUUUUUUAAGCGUCUAUUAAGUAUUAUUGCCAUCUUGUGAAGUGCAAUAUCUCAAUGAGCUUACAAAUUAUUUCAUAUCCAUGAAUUUGAUCUAGCCCCUUCAAAGGAGACAGGAGAUGGUUAAAGUUUUCUAAGUGUAUUGGUCAUUUAAAUUGGAUCAUCAGCAAAAUGCGAAUACGUAUAGGGCCUACAUAUCAUAAUUACACUCAUUUACGUUUUUUCUUACUGGUCUCUACCUCUCAUUUACUUUUGUCCUCUCUAGAGGAUCUGGACUGAUUGGUUCUUGGUCAGAGGUGUUGUAAGAUUUUGUUCAGGUUAAAUUCUCUCAACAUGUAUUCUCCCACGUCGAUGCAUUUAAGAAUUUACUGCUUAAGUGCUACCUAGAAGAAAGAAACUCAUGUUUUAAGGAUCACAUGUCAUGUCUUUAGGAUUGUUUGUGGACAAGUGUAAAUUUCUUUAUGGGAAGUGAAGUCUAUUGGGAGACCAAAUGCAUUACCUCCUAGAGGUUAAAAGACUUGCAUGUGUUAGUCAAGGGAAUGUCAUGCAGGAUUUAGUUGUGGCCGACCAAGCACAUUUGUGAAAUUGUGGAUAGCAUUGAAAGUGCCUAUCUACAACUGUUUCCAGCUACUGAUUGUACGCAUUUACUGCUGGGAAGUGGUCACUGGUUAUUGAGGAGAGAAUUUAUUUCGGAUUUCAUUUAAUAAUACAGAACAGUUGAAUCUGAAAUUCAGAUUCAUUUCAGCA